UUGUGUUUCAGUCCUGAUUUCAGUGUUGCAGAACAAGCUUGUUGUGUGUGUGCACCAGGGGGAUUUUUCUUUUCUUUUUUUUAAUUUUAAUUUUUGCUUUUAUAAAAAAUACACAGGACGGUCUGUGACAUUUGAUGGUCCAUCUUCUUUAAUAAUAAAUUUGUUGAAGAGAUUAUAAUUUCCAAAAUAAAGCGGCUGCAACCAAACACAUUCAAUGCAGUUAGAAGGAAAAGGUCAACUCGAUCCAAUACAGACCGAAAAGGUGGACCUGGACUGAAGGGUGUAAAAUCCCUGGACACAUUCCUGGGGCAGGAAAAAGAAGAGGAAGAUUAGAAGAUUUUUUUUUUUUUUUUAAAGAGAAAGCCCAGCGGAGCUAAACGAAUGUCCCCUCAUCUCCAAAGGAAAGUUCAUCGGAUUUUUAUUCUAGAGAGCUCAUCUUCAGGAUGUCAGUGAACAUUUCUGCGGCAGGAAAAGGUGUGGAUCCAAAUACGGUUGAUACUUAUGACAGUGGCGAUGAUUGGGAAAUCGGGGUUGGAAAUUUAAUAAUUGAUUUGGACGCUGAUUUGGAGAAGGACAGACAGAAAUUUGAGAUGAAUAAUUCCACCACCACCACUAGCAGCAGCAACUCUAAGGAUUGUGGAGGUCUGGCCUCCAGUGGGGCCGGUGCUACCGCAGCCUUAGCUGAUGGCCUAAAAUUUGCUUCUGUUCAGCCCUCUGCUCCCCAGGGGAAUUCACACAAAGAGACCAGCAAAUCAAAAGUGAAAAGGAGUAAAACUUCUAAGGAUGCUAAUAAAUCUCUGCCUUCUGCUGCCUUGUAUGGGAUUCCCGAGAUCAGCAGCACUGGCAAGAGGCAGGAAGUCCAAGGGCGCCCUGGAGAGGCAACUGGCAUGAAUUCAGCGCUGGGUCAAAGUGUGAGCAGCGGCGGCGGCGGCAACCCAAACAGCCACAGUAUCGGCACCGGCACCUCCGCUGCCACCGCGGGGGCGGCCUCCUGUGGGAAAAGCAAAGAGGAGAAGCCAGGUAAAAGCCAGAGCAGCCGAGGCGCCAAGCGGGAUAAGGAUGCAGGGAAAUCCAGGAAGGACAAGCACGACCUGCUUCAGGGCCACCAGAAUGGCAGUGGCAGCCAGGCCCCUUCCGGGGGGCACCUCUAUGGCUUUGGGGCCAAGAGCAAUGGAGGUGGCGCGAGCCCCUUCCACUGCGGGGGCACUGGGAGUGGCAGCGUCGCGGCUGCAGGGGAAGUUAGCAAAAGUGCCCCGGAUUCAGGGCUCAUGGGAAACUCUAUGUUGGUAAAGAAGGAAGAGGAGGAGGAGGAGAGCCACAGGCGAAUCAAGAAACUGAAAACUGAGAAGGUUGACCCCCUGUUUACAGUGCCAGCACCACCACCGCCGAUUUCCAGCAGUCUCACGCCUCAGAUUCUACCCUCCUACUUUUCCCCAUCUUCAUCCAAUAUUGCAGCACCGGCUGAGCAGCUUCUGGUUCGGACUCGUUCCGUGGGUGUCAAUACAUGUGAAGUUGGAGUAGUGACAGAGCCCGAGUGUCUUGGGCCCUGUGAACCUGGGACCAGUGUGAAUUUGGAAGGGAUCGUGUGGCAUGAAACAGAAGAAGGUGUCCUAGUGGUCAAUGUCACGUGGAGGAACAAAACGUACGUAGGGACCCUACUGGACUGCACCAAGCACGACUGGGCCCCUCCCAGGUUCUGUGAGUCACCAACAAGCGACCUGGAGAUGAGAGGGGGCCGGGGCCGAGGGAAGAGAGCGAGGUCUGCCGCAGCCGCCCCGGGCUCAGAGGCCAGCUUCGCAGAGUCCAGAGGGCUGCAGAACAAGAACAGAGGGGGGGCCAAUGGGAAAGGGAGGCGGGGAAGCCUCAAUGCCAGCGGGCGAAGGACACCCCCAAAUUGUGCCGCUGAGGACAUCAAAGCCAGCCCCUCCUCUACAAACAAAAGGAAAAACAAGCCUCCGAUGGAGCUAGACCUCAACUCCAGCUCCGAAGACAAUAAGCCCGGGAAGCGGGUCCGCACAAAUUCUAGAAGCACUCCCACCACCCCUCAAGGGAAACCAGAGACUACUUUUUUGGACCAAGGCUGCUCUUCUCCAGUUUUAAUCGAUUGCCCCCACCCAAACUGCAACAAAAAGUACAAGCACAUUAACGGCCUGAGGUACCACCAAGCUCAUGCACACUUAGACCCGGAAAACAAGCUGGAGUUUGAACCUGACAGCGAGGACAAGAUCUCGGACUGCGAGGAGGCACUGAGUAACGUGGCCCUCGAAUGCAGUGAGCCAAGCACAAGUGUAUCAACCUAUGACCAGGUGAAGGCGCCCGCAUCCCCUGGCUCGGGGAACCCCCCUGGGACCCCCAAGGGGAAGAGAGAGAUGAUGAGCAAUGGUCCAGGUUCUGUUAUCGGAUCUAAAGCUGGGAAGAAUUCUGGUAAAAAGAAGGGCCUUAACAAUGAACUGAAUAACCUUCCGGUGAUCUCCAACAUGACGGCCGCGUUAGACAGUUGCUCGGCAGUGGAUGGCAGUUUGGCUGCUGAAAUGCCCAAACUGGAAGCAGAAGGAUUAAUUGACAAGAAAACUUUGGGAGAUAAAGAAAAGGGCAAAAAAGCCAACAAUUGCAAAAUGGACAAAAACCUUUCGAAACUUAAAACUGCCCGGCCCAUUGCCCCUGCCCCCGCCCCCACUCCCCCGCAACUAAUCGCUAUACCCACUGCAGCCUUUACCAGCACCACCACGGGGACAAUACCCGGACUGCCCUCCCUCACGACGACUGUUGUUCAGGCCACACCAAAGAGUCCUCCAUUAAAACCCAUUCAACCAAAGCCCACAAUUAUGGGGGAGCCCAUCACCGUGAACCCAGCUCUUGUGUCACUCAAAGACAAAAAGAAAAAGGAGAAGCGAAAGCUGAAGGACAAAGAAGGGAAAGAGACGGGAAGCCCAAAAAUGGAUGCUAAGCUGGGCAAACUAGAGGACGCCAAGGGGGCCGGCAAAGAUUUAUCUGGGCAUUUUUUAAAGGACCAUCUCAACAAGAAUGAAGGGCUGGCUAAUGGACUGUCAGAGUCUCAAGAGAGUCGAAUGGCCAGUAUCAAAGCCGAGGCUGAUAAGGUUUACACUUUCACAGACAACGCCCCCAGCCCUUCCAUAGGGAGCGCCUCCAGAAUGGAAUGCAGCACUUUGGUGAACGGGCAGGCGCCAAUGGCCCCACUGCAUGUGUUGACGCAAAAUGGGGCAGAGAGUUCUGCAGCCAAGACGAGCAGCCCCGCCUAUUCAGAUAUAUCUGAUGCUGCCGAUGAUGGUGGUUCAGACAGCAGGUCAGAGGGCAUGAGGUCAAAGGCUAGUUCCCCAUCAGAUAUCAUUUCUAGUAAGGAUGGUGUUGUAAAAGGGCAUUCUUCAACUAUAGCACAAUCAUCUCAAAUGAAAGAGUCCCAUUCUCCCUAUUACCAUGGCUACGAUCCUUAUUAUUCUCCAAGUUACCUGCACCCUGGGCAGAUCGGCGCCCCUACAGCUGGCAACACUGGGAGCAUGCAGGGAAUGAAGAUCAAGAAGGAGUCUGAGGAAGAUGCAGAAAAGAAAGACAAGGCAGAGCAGCUAGAUGCCAAGAAAGUGGACCAUAAUUCCGCAUCCUUACAGCCUCAGCACCAGUCGGUGAUCACGCAGAGACACCCUGCCCUGGCUCAGUCACUUUAUUACGGCCAGUAUGCCUAUGGGCUCUAUAUGGACCAGAAGUCGCUGAUGGCCACCAGCCCUGCCUAUAGACAGCAGUACGAGAAGUACUAUGAGGACCAGAGGCUGGCAGAGCAGAAAAUGGCCCAAACUGGGCGAGGAGACUGUGAAAGGAAAAAUGAGCUCCCCUUGAAAGAGCUGGGCAAGGAGGACAGUAAACAGAAAAACAUGCCGUCGGCCACAAUCUCAAAAGCUCCCUCCACUCCGGAGCCUAACAAAAACCAUUGUAAACUAGGGCCGUCAGUGCCUAAUAAAACUGAGGAGACAGGUAAAUCGCAGCUUCUCUCCAAUCACCAGCAGCAGCUUCAGGCCGACAGCUUCAAAGCUAAGCAGAUGGAAAACCACCAGCUUAUUAAGGAGGCUGUAGAAAUGAAAUCUGUCAUGGACUCUAUGAAGCAGACAGGUGUAGACCCAACCUCGAGAUUUAAACAAGAUCCAGAUUCAAGGACAUGGCAUCAUUACGUUUACCAGCCCAAAUACCUGGAUCAGCAAAAAUCAGAAGAACUUGAUAGAGAAAAGAAAUUAAAAGAGGAUAGUCCCAGGAAAACUCCCAAUAAGGAGAGUGGUGUGCCCAGCCUUCCUGUAUCGUUAACGAGCAUUAAAGAGGAGCCCAAAGAGGCCAAGCGUCCUGAUUCUCAAUCCUUGGAGGAGAACAAGCUGAAAAAUGAUGAUCGAAAGACCCCUGUGAACUGGAAGGACUCUCGGGGCACAAGAGUGGCUGUUUCCUCUCCCAUGAGUCAGCAUCAGUCCUACAUACAGUACUUGCAUGCUUAUCCUUACCCACAGAUGUAUGACCCCAGCCACCCUGCAUACCGGGCUGUUUCUCCCGUCCUAAUGCACAGUUACCCUGGAGCCUAUCUCUCUCCAGGAUUUCAUUAUCCUGUUUACGGGAAGAUGUCAGGGAGAGAAGAGGCAGAGAAGGUCAAUACCAGCCCUAGCAUCAACACGAAAACAACCACUGAGUCUAAAGCACUGGAUCUGCUCCAGCAGCAUGCCAACCAGUACCGCAGCAAGUCUCCUGCUCCUGUGGAGAAGGCUACAGCUGAGCGGGAACGGGAAGCGGAAAGGGAACGGGAUCGCCACUCCCCCUUCGGCCAGCGGCACCUCCAUACGCACCACCACACCCACGUUGGCAUGGGUUACCCACUCAUCCCUGGUCAAUAUGACCCUUUUCAAGGCUUGACCUCUGCUGCCCUCGUUGCCUCUCAGCAGGUGGCUGCCCAAGCAUCUGCAUCAGGAAUGUUUCCUACACAAAGAAGGUAA